GGAAUUGAUUGCCAGGACAUUCUGAGCCGAGGUCAGUCUCGGGGAGAUGGUAUGUACUGGUUAGAUCCAGACGGUGGAAGCCAUUCAAAUGCGUUUUUGGCUUACUGUGACAUGACUUCAUACAAUGGAGGAUGGACCAUGUGUUACACUACUGAUGAAUACGCCAAACCCAGGACUGAAGUCACCUACAAUCCUAAUUUUCUUUAUGGAAAUGACGGUUACAGAACAAACUGCAACAACAUUAAAGUAAGUUGGUUCACUUGAUAUUCAACAACCUCUUUACUUUCAAGAAAAUGUUGACAAAAUUUCGUUCGAAUAAUAGUCCUCUCCAAAUUCGCGGAGGUUUUUUGGAGGGCUGAUAAGAGCUCACCAGUAGUAUGCGCAAAAAGAUUUAUUAUAUCAGGCUCACAGGACAAGGAACGAAAAAUGGAGGAACAAAGGUCGAGCAAUUUCGUGCGGUUUUGUAUUUUAGAAAAUCACUGACUUUGAUGAAAAUCAACCACACGCUAGAAAGAAUUCUGACUCCAAGUGGGACUCGAACCUACGACUCUCCGUUAUUUAGUCGGAUGCUCUUGCCACUGAGCUCCUUGCGGCUGCUUGAUGAGCUGGGGUAUUUCUAUUAGCCGACCUCAGUGAUUAAAGCAUCCGCCUAGAGUGAAAAACAAAAUUUCUUUUUUGGUUUCUUGUUGUUAUUAUUACAUUUUCGAGCAUUGCGGUUUUGUUUUUAUUUGUCACUAAGAGCACACCAAAUUUGGGUACGCAACAUUUACCAUAUUUUAUUACGAUAUUGCUGUUUAUACUUUGCUGUUUUGGGGGGGGUUUUUAACUUUUAAGCGAUGAUACAUUCUAAAUGUUUAGUCAAAAAGAAUUGAGUUGUUUGAAUUAUCAAGGUUUUUCAUACUUUCUGGCCCUGAAUUGUACAUCACUCGACAGUUAUCAUUUCUAAGGCACCAACACAUCAUUUGAUUCCAUUUGAUCAGGUCCGAUGAAUAACAACAGUUGUUUUUCUUCUUUUGCUUCAGUUCACUGAGAUUAUUUUCGUUGAUCACCAAACUGGAGAUAAGGCUCACUUCAAACGGAAAACUAACUUGCCCAUCAAAGCUGUUGGUAACUAUGGGAAGCGAGCUAGUACCUAUGGAUUGUGGGAAGGCUUUGGAGCCAUGAAUAGUGGUUAUUCGUACCAGCUGUUGAUCUGUGAUGUUUCUUUUUACACCGGGUUUUUUGUUUCCGGCUACACUAACUGUUACAAGCAGUGUACCGGCUGGUGUCAUGAUCGUAAAUCGCCCUAUUUCCGCACAGCUGCUACAAAUAGCGGCUAUAAGGGUGUGGCCUUCAAUACCAAUGGCCACCGAUCCGUCAGCACUCGCUUGAUGAGUGUCGGUCUGCGUUAG